AUGCUGGGGAGAUGAAGAUAGUGUGUGGCUGCUUCUGGACUCAAGGAGGAGGAGAGAGAUUCCGCGAGCCGACACCAUGCGAUCCAAGGCGAGGGCGAGGAAGCUAGCCAAAAGUGACGGUGACGUUGUAAAUAAUAUGUAUGAGCCCAACCGAGACCUGCUGGCCAGCCACAGCGCAGAGGACGAGGCCGAGGACAGUGCCAUGUUGCCCAUCCCUGUGGGGCCACCGUCCCCCUUCCCCACCAGCGAGGACUUCACCCCCAAGGAGGGCUCGCCGUAUGAGGCCCCUGUCUACAUUCCUGAAGACAUUCCGAUCCCACCAGACUUCGAGCUCCGCGAGUCCUCUAUCCCAGGGGCUGGCCUGGGUGUCUGGGCCAAGAGGAAGAUGGAAGCCGGGGAGAGGCUGGGCCCCUGCAUGGUGGUGCCCCGGGCGGCGGCAAAGGAGACGGACUUCGGAUGGGAGCAAAUACUGACCGAUGCAGAAGUGUCGCCCCAGGAAGGCUGCAUCAAAAAGAUCUCGGAAGACCUGGGCAGUGAGAAGUUCUGCGUGGAUGCAAAUCAGGCGGGGGCCGGCAGCUGGCUCAAGUACAUCCGUGUGGCGUGCUCCUGCGAUGAUCAGAACCUCACCAUGUGUCAGAUCAGUGAGCAGAUUUACUAUAAAGUCAUUAAGGACAUUGAGCCAGGUGAGGAGCUGCUCGUGCACGUGAAGGAAGGCGUCUACCCCCUGGGCACAGUGCCGCCCGGCCUGGACGAGGAGCCCACGUUCCGCUGUGACGAGUGUGACGAACUCUUCCAGUCCAAGCUGGACCUGCGGCGCCACAAGAAGUACACGUGUGGCUCAGUGGGGGCUGCGCUCUACGAGGGCCUGGCUGAGGAGCUCAAGCCUGAGGGCCUUGGUGGUGGCAGCGGCCAAGCCCACGAGUGCAAGGACUGCGAGCGGAUGUUCCCCAACAAGUACAGCCUGGAGCAGCACAUGGUCAUCCACACGGAGGAGCGCGAGUACAAAUGCGACCAGUGCCCCAAGGCCUUCAACUGGAAGUCCAACCUCAUCCGCCACCAGAUGUCCCACGACAGCGGCAAACGCUUCGAAUGUGAAAACUGCGUGAAGGUGUUCACGGACCCCAGCAACCUUCAGCGGCACAUCCGCUCGCAGCACGUGGGCGCUCGGGCCCACGCGUGCCCCGACUGCGGGAAGACCUUCGCCACGUCCUCCGGCCUCAAGCAGCACAAGCACAUCCACAGCACGGUGAAACCUUUCAUAUGUGAGGUCUGCCACAAGUCCUACACGCAAUUCUCCAACCUGUGCCGGCACAAGCGGAUGCACGCCGACUGCCGCACGCAGAUCAAGUGCAAGGACUGUGGCCAGAUGUUCAGCACUACCUCCUCCCUCAACAAGCACCGGCGCUUCUGCGAGGGCAAGAACCAUUACACACCAGGUGGCAUCUUUGCUCCGGGCCUGCCCUUGACCCCCAGCCCCAUGAUGGACAAGGCAAAACCCUCCCCCAGCCUCAAUCAUGCCAGCCUGGGCUUCAACGAGUACUUCCCCUCCAGGCCACACCGGGGGAGCCUGCCCUUCUCCACGGCGCCUCCCACGUUCCCCGCACUCACCCCCGGCUUCCCGGGCAUCUUCCCUCCAUCCUUGUACCCCCGGCCACCUCUGCUACCUCCCACACCGCUGCUCAAGAGCCCCCUGAACCACACCCAGGACGCCAAGCUCCCCAGCCCCCUGGGGAACCCAGCCCUGCCCCUGGUCUCCGCCGUCAGCAACAGCAGCCAGGGCACGACGGCAGCUGUGGGGCCCGAGGAGAAGUUUGAGAGCCGCCUGGAGGACUCCCGUGUGGAGAAGCUGAAAACCAGGAGCAGUGACAUGUCGGACGGCAGUGACUUUGAGGACGUCAACACCACCACGGGGACUGACCUGGACACGACCACGGGAACGGGCUCGGACCUGGACAGCGACGUGGACAGCGACCCUGACAAGGACAAGGGCAAGGGCAAGUCGGCCGAGGGCCAGCCCGAGUUUGGGGGCAGCUUGGCGCCCCCGGGGGCCCUGAACAGCGUGGCCGAGGUGCCCGUCUUCUAUUCCCAGCACUCAUUCUUCCCGCCGCCCGACGAACAGCUGCUGACGGCGACAGGCGCCGCUGGAGACUCCAUCAAGGCCAUCGCAUCCAUUGCCGAGAAGUACUUUGGCCCCGGCUUCAUGGGGAUGCAGGAGAAGAAGCUGGGCUCGCUCCCCUACCACUCGGCAUUCCCCUUCCAGUUCCUGCCCAACUUCCCCCACUCCCUCUACCCCUUCACGGACCGAGCCCUCGCCCACAACUUGCUGGUCAAGGCCGAGCCAAAGUCACCCCGGGACGCCCUCAAGGUGGGCGGCCCCAGUGCCGAGUGCCCCUUCGAUCUCACCACCAAGCCCAAAGACGUGAAGCCCGUCCUGCCCAUGCCCAAGGGCCCCUCCGCCCCCGCAUCCGGCGAGGAGCAGCCGCUGGACCUGAGCAUCGGCAGCCGGGCCCGCGCCAGCCAGAACGGCGGCGGGCGGGAGCCCCGGAAGAACCACGUCUACGGGGAACGCAAGCUGGGCGCCGGCGAGGGGCUGCCCCAGGUGUGCCCAGCACGGAUGCCCCAGCAGCCCCCGCUCCACUACGCCAAGCCCUCGCCCUUCUUCAUGGACCCCAUCUACAGCAGGGUAGAAAAGCGGAAGGUCACGGACCCCGUGGGAGCCCUGAAGGAGAAGUACCUGCGGCCGUCCCCACUGCUCUUCCACCCCCAGAUGUCAGCCAUAGAGACCAUGACGGAGAAGCUGGAGAGCUUUGCAGCCAUGAAGGCGGACUCGGGCAGCUCCCUGCAGCCCCUCCCCCACCACCCCUUCAACUUCCGGUCCCCACCCCCAACGCUGUCCGACCCCAUCCUCAGGAAGGGCAAGGAGCGAUACACGUGCAGGUACUGUGGGAAGAUCUUCCCCAGAUCAGCCAAUCUCACCAGACACCUGAGGACACACACUGGGGAGCAGCCGUACAGGUGUAAGUACUGCGACCGCUCCUUCAGCAUCUCCUCGAACCUCCAACGGCACGUCCGGAACAUCCAUAACAAGGAGAAGCCCUUCAAGUGCCACCUGUGCAACCGCUGCUUCGGGCAGCAGACCAACCUGGACCGGCACCUCAAGAAGCACGAACACGAGAACGCACCAGUGAGCCAGCACCCCGGUGUCCUCACGAACCACCUGGGGACCAGCGCCUCCUCUCCCACCUCAGAGUCGGACAACCACGCACUUUUAGACGAGAAAGAAGACUCUUAUUUCUCGGAAAUCAGAAACUUUAUUGCCAAUAGUGAGAUGAACCAAGCAUCAACGCGAACAGAGAAACGGGUGGAGAUGCAGGACGUGGACGGCAGUGCCCAGUGUCCAGGCCUAGCCAGCGAGAAGCAGGAGGACGUGGAGGAGGAGGAGGACGAUGACCUGGAGGAGGACGAUGAGGACAGCCUGGCCGGAAAGUCACAGGACGACACCGUGUCCCCCGCACCCGAGCCCCAGGCCGCCUACGAGGAUGAGGAGGACGAGGAGCCACCCACCUCCCUGGCCGUGGGCUUCGACCACACCCGAAGGUGUGCUGAAGACCACGAAGGCGGUCUGUUAGCUUUGGAGCCGAUGCCGACUUUUGGGAAGGGGCUGGACCUCCGCAGAGCAGCUGAGGAAGCAUUUGAAGUUAAAGAUGUGCUUAAUUCCACCUUAGAUUCUGAGGCUUUAAAACAUACACUGUGCAGGCAGGCUAAGAACCAGGCAUAUGCAAUGAUGCUGUCCCUUUCCGAAGACACUCCUCUCCACACCCCCUCCCAGGGUUCUCUGGACGCUUGGUUGAACAUCACCGGAGCCACGUCGGAGUCUGGAGCAUUUCACCCCAUUAACCACCUCUGAUGGGCUGGGCAGCCGGGGGCCGGCGGCCAGAGCGAGGGCACCAGCCGCGGAGGACGGAGGCGGGCGGGGCCCCGGAGAACCCUGUCCCUGCGUGUGGCCACUCCUCAGCGUCCUCCCCACCCACCAUGGUUCACUCCGACUUUUCCAAUGGAAACUCAGAUCCCGAAAGUCCCUAAAGCAGUCGUAGAGUCUCACCAUCUCCAAGGAUUGGUCUUGAGAACACUGUUCAGUGACGGCCCUGCAGGUGGCCGUCCAAAGACAGCCAACGGAGCUGCCUCGCAGAAUCAGCCAGUGGGCAGGUGGAUGAUCCGCUGAGACACAGAAUCAGCCAAUAGGCAGGUGGACGCUCUGCUGAGACAGAAGCUGGUGGCCACUGCCGGGUGCCUGCGUGGGGUCGCGGAAGGGAAUGGAUAGACGGGUGUGCUCAAAAGAGAGAGAUCACUCAAAUGAUUUUUAUAAUGAAAUGACAAGAAUAACCCUUUUGGUAACCGUAUUGACUACAGAGUCUAUUUAAGCAUGUGGUUUUAAAAAUAGACAGUAUUUUUUAAAAAUCAAAAAAUGACUUGCAAAUUGUUUUUUAAAAGUAAUUUUGCAUUGCUUUGAAAGUUGAGCUCAUUUGCAAACCCGAGUCUGCCUGGGAACCCGCACUGUGCCUGGGUGUGUUCUUUAUACUGUAGAUAAUGGAAAAAUUUUCUAUCUCUGUCCCUAUUUGUAUAAGCCAAGGUGACGCUGGGUGCCUGAGGCAGAACAAGAGGCGUGGGGCCACACCCAUGAACCAUGCAGACGGCCGAAGAAGUCUUAGACGGGGCGCCCUGGGCUGCAGGCCUGCCCGAGGCUGGGAUGGGAAGCGUGCCUGCCCUCGUGUGACAUGGAAUUGGUGCCAGGGCCGCCACGUGGCCUUCAGAGGAAUCCACAGGUCCCCACCCAAGAUCCCUCAAUUAUAUGGGGAAGUCGAGGGCCCAUGGCUCGGGUCCGCCAUGCAGAGAUGUGGCCAGGCACCCAUCUUCCUUCCCUCCUCUGUCCCUGCCUCGGCCACCCCACGCCGGAACCCACCGCCGUCUUCUGAAGGCAGGGCCUUGGCCACGUCCUGGGUCUCCCACCUCCCACCUGACCCCAGCGGCUCGGUGUCCUCC